UUUAUUCAUAUUGAGUAAGUAAACACGACAGCACAAUUCGCAACAAAUAAUAAGUAACUUUUUAAAUGCACAAAAAUGCAAAUAGCUAUUAAACAAACAAUAUCAAACACCUUUGCUAGAUGGACGUUGUUCAUUCAAUAAUCUUGGUUGUUUCUCGAUGCAUGAUUGCAACUUAGUUUCCGAAUCCAGAUUGACAAACAUUCAAAAAUAAAGCACCAAAAAGUAAGCUUUUAGAUGUGAGCCAGUAACAGAGAUGGCAUUGAAAAUCGUCCUCAACUUCUAUUCCAGUGCACAGGCCCUGAGUUAACCUAAACUUUGUAUUUAUAUUUAUUCGUUUGUGGUUUGUGUGUCGAAUAUUAUAUUUUGUGUUAAUAAACUAUUGUGUAACUACUUGUAGUAAUAGCAAUAAACAAGUCCAUAUGCACCGUUUUCCUAUUAAAGAUCCCUUGGUAUGCAAAUUCUGGUUGGAUCGUAUAGGAAACGAGAAAUUGAAAGUUUUGGAUAAAACCUGAUUAUACCUACAAAAGCUAGGUUAUUUGUGAGGAAUAUUUUCAUCAAGGAUGUAUUGUACUUAUUAUCUAAAUGUGUUUAAAAAUAGGUUCAUUACCAAUUUACAACCUGCCAGGUUUCUAGUCUGCAUUAUGGCUAAUUACGUUUUGAAGACAUUCUGUUGCUGUGGAACACUAAGAACUGGUACUAUCAUUUCCGGAUUAGCUGCCAUACUUCUUUCUAUCAUCGGAAUAAUAGUUAUAUACGUAGCUCCAGUGGAUCUGAAGACAAUAAUAUUUGAUUGGUUGCCGCAAUGGGCUAUCAAAGUAAUUAUCACGAUAAAUUUAUGUAUGACUGUAAUUUUAUCAAUCCUCCUCAUUAUUGGAGUGGUAAAGCGUAAUUGGUACUUAAUGAUCCCUUGGGUAGUCCUUGGAGGGAUGCUGGCUAUUGGUCUCUUGAUAUCCAUUUUAAUUAACAGUAUAAAUUUGUAUAUCGACGGACAUACGUUACAAGGAACGUUGUGGUUGGUCGUUGGAUUAAUAUCGCUAGUGAUUUAUUGUUACAUGUGGUACGUUUCGUUUAGCUUCUUUGCCAACCUCAGGGAAGAAUCCGAAAAAGGAGCAUAUACAAGAGAUCCUUUUAGAAGACGGAAAAUAUGAAUUAAAUAUUAGAAUUAGUUGUAAAGCAACGUUUCAAAUUUUGUUUUUUGUUACAAAAAAAAAGAAAACAAAAGUUUUACUAUAUAACCUAAUUAAUAGGUCGAAAAUAUUUCUGCCAUAUGUGUUGCCUAAUACUUGAACCUGCUUCGGCCAUACAGAAUUUAAAAAUACUAAGGUUCAAUAUUUUAAUUAGACUAAAAUGCACUUUAAUAUCGUUUUUACAAAAAUUAAAUUAAAUUUUUAGUUAUAUUUUGGUUAAAUUAUUGAAUUAAACAAAUAAAUAUAAUAAAACGUGGUUAAUGCUAUGAAAAUAUUUCUGUCAUAAGUGUUGCCUAAUAUUAGAUACAUUUAUAGCAAUAGAUACUAUAAAAGUACCGAGGUUCAAUAUUUUUAUUAAGCUUAAAUGCACCUUAAUUUAAUAUUAAGCAUAAAUGAGAACCAGUCACACAACAUUUUUUAAUCAUUAUUUUUUUUUAUUUUGGUCUUGACAUAAAAGGAACUAAAAUAAAUAGAAUAAUUACAAAACGUUAAGUGAAAAUAAAUUUGUAAUGAGUGUUGCCUAAUAAUACAGUUUUAACCAUAGAUAUUAUAAAAGUUUGAAUGCACCUUAAUUUCAUAUUAAGCAUAAAUGAGAACCAGUCGCACAUUUUUCAUUCAUUAAUUUUUUUUAUUUUGGUUUUUGCAUAAAAGGAAUUAAAAUAAAUAGAAUAAUUACAAAACGUUAAGUGAAAAUAAAUUUGUAAUGAGUGUUACCUAAUAAUACAGUUUUAACCAUAGAUAUUAUAAAAGUUUGAAUGCACCUUAAUUUCAUAUUAAGCAUAAAUGAGAACCAGUCGCACAACAUUUUUCAUUCAUUAAUUUUUUUUAUUUUGGUUUUUGCAUAAAAGGAACUAAAAUAAAUAGAAUAAUUACAAAACGUUAAGUGAAAAUAAAUUUGUAAUGAGUGUUGCCUAAUACUUAAUACAGUUUUAACCAUAGAUAUAUUAUAAAAGUAUUGAGGUUCAAUAUUUUUACUAAGUUGGAAUGCACCUUAAUUUAAUAUUCAGCAUAAAUGAGAACCAGUCAUACAACAUUUUUCAUUCAUUAAUUUUUUUUAUUUUGGUCUUUGCAUAAAAGAAACUAAAACAAUUAGAAUAAUUACAAAACGUUAAGUGAAAAUAAAUUUGUAAUGAGUGUUGCCUAAUACUUGAAACAAUAGAUAUUACAAAGGUAUUGAGGUUCAAUAUUUUAAUUAAGUUCAAAUGCACAUUAAUGUCUUAUUAAGCAAAAUGUAGAACUAGUUAUAGAAGUUUUCUAUUUAUAUAAAUUGUUCUUACCAGUUUCUGUUAUUUACAAAACAUUUGUUAAUAACAUGAUGUAAAGACUACAUUACAAUGAAAAUAUAUCUGUAAUGGAUGUUUCCUAAUACUUGAUAAGGUUUUGAAAAAAGUAUUGAAGUUAAUAUUUUUAUUGAACUUAAAUGUUAUAUUUUCUAUCUUUAUAUCAAAUGUAAUGAUUGUUUCAUCUCUAUGCAAUUAUAUUUAAUGACAUAUUGAAAUAAUCAAAUAUUUUCCUUUAUAAUACUCAGAUACUAGUUUUAAUAAUUGAAUAUCUUUACUUGUCAUGAAAUUUUGUAUUCUUGUUUUUGACACCACUAUAUAUUAUAAUUGUUAAAAUUUGGGAAAUUAUAUACUCUAUAGAUAUUUUUUUAACUGAAUAAAUUUUAUUUCUUA